GCGCGGGCGGGGGCGGCGCUGUCCCCGCGGCCCCGCUGCGGCCCGGGCGGGACAUGGCCCCGCGCGGCCGCCCCGCCGCCGCCAUGCCCAAGAGGGGCGGCCGCAAGCGCCUCAAGUUCCGCGCCGACGACGUCUGCUCCGAGCGCGUGACAGUGGCAGAUUAUGCGAACUCAGACCCAGCCGUCGUGAAAAGUGGGCGGGUGAAAAAGGCUGUGGCCAACGCCCUGCAGCAGGAAGUGAAGUCCCUGUGUGGCCUGGAGGCCUCUUGUGUGCCUGCUGAGGAGGUGCUGGCGCUGGCAGGGGACUCCUGUGACAGCAGCGAUGGGCUGGAGCCCAGGGAGAGCCUCAGCACCAGGGCUGCCUCCAGGAAGAAGAAGAGCAAGAGGCACAAAGAAAGCCCUGAUGGGGGUGGUGGAGAGGAGUACCCCAUCGAUGUCUGGCUCCUGUUGGCUUCCUACAUCCGGCCCGAGGACAUCGUCCGCUUCUCCCUCAUCUGCAAGAAGGCCUGGACUGUCACCUGCACUGCUGCCUUCUGGACCAGGCUCUACAGGAGGCACUACAGCCUGGACGCCUGCCUGCCGCUGCGCCUGCGGCCGGAGGCCAUGGCGAAGCUGCGCUGCCUGCGGGCCUGCGUCAUCCGCUCGCUCUACCACAUGUACGAGCCCUUCGCCUCCCGCCUGGCCAGCAGCCCUGCCCUCCCUGACACCACCCCCAGCACUUUAAACAACUCCAGGUGUCUGCUUUUCUGGUGCAAGAAGAUUCAAGGCAACAGACAAGAAGCAAUGUGGGAAUUCAACUUCAAGUUCAAGAAGCAGUCUCCCAGAUUCAAGAGCAAAUGCUGCAAAGGCCUUCAGCCCCCCAGGCAGUAUGAGGAGGUGCACACAAACCCAGACCAGGACUGCUGCCUGCUGCAGAUCACCACCUUCAACUUCAUCUUCGUGCCAAUAGUCAUGGGCAUGACCUUCACCCUGUUCAGCCUGGGGGUCAGCUCGGACCUGCGGCACCGCCGCGUGCGGCUGCACUUCCAGGACGCACCGGAGCGCCGCGGCAGGAGGCCUGGCCCCGAGCAGGGGCUGCAGGUGGUGCUGGACCCCGUGCACAGCGUCAGGCUGCUGGACUGGUGGCACCCCCAGUACCCCUUCUCCCCCAAGGCUUAG